AUGCGUUUUCGCAACAAAGAAAAGGAGCGUCUGGAACAGUCCAAUGACCAGCUGACUUUGGAUGAUGUAACCUCGGUAAAUUUGACCAUGAUGAGCGGUGGCGUGCAAUACAAUGUUCUCCCAUCGUCUCUCACGGCCUCAUUUGAUGUUCGCCUUACACCGAGUCUUUCACUGGAGGAAUGGAAACACAUGCUGGACACGUGGGCUGAAGAAGCCGGGGGCGGAAUCACGGUAAGUUGUUUUCUCCUUCCUCACUCUAUUCACUGGCUUAGUCGCUCGUGGAUCGUUUCUUAUUUCGAUCUAAAAGAAAGCUACAGUAGGAUUGGGAUCCACCGUUUGGUGAGUGCGGUGUAA